UAUUUGUAGAAUGGUAUUUAUAUUUCACUACUGCACGUCAGAACUACAAAAAAGCGAAUGAAAUAAAAAAUGGACAAAUAGUUGUCAUUUGAACUAGCAUGCUAGACAAAGAGGGAUCGUUUUCGCCUCCCAGACUCGCUCUUCCCCGAUCCCAUCGCUCUGGAUCGCUCGAAUUUUCUCCGUCCCUCUCUUCGAUCGGCGUCGCUUUCUGUCGAUCGCGUGUCGGCUCGAGAUGGGACUGGUCGAAGCCUUGUUUUCCGUGGAUUGGAAGCAGGAGUCCUACCCUGUCUACGAGGACUUCGUCGCUCUGCCCUUCUUCGUGCUCUUCUUCCCGACCGUCCGGUUCUUUCUCGAUAGAUUCGUGUUCGAGAGGUUGGCAAACCAACUUAUAGGAAAGGGACUGGAAGCUAAUGAAAGGCAAAAAAGGAUCAACAAAUUUAAGGAGUCAGCUUGGAAGUGUGUUUAUUUUCUUUCAGGAGAGCUGCUAUCUCUGUCUGUUACAUAUAAUGAGCCGUGGUUCAAAAAUACCAGAUACUUUUGGGUAGGACCAGGAGAGCAGGUUUGGCCAGAUCAAAAAAUAAAGUUUAAACUCAAGGCUGCAUACAUGUAUGCUGCUGGAUUUUACACCUAUUCAAUAUUUGCGCUGAUGUUAUGGGAGACAAGGCGGUCAGACUUUGGAGUGUCAAUGUCUCAUCACGUGGCAACUGUUGUUCUUAUAGUCUUGUCAUAUAUAUUCAGGUUUGCUCGUGUUGGAUCAGUUGUGUUAGCCAUUCAUGAUGCAAGUGAUGUGUUUUUAGAAAUUGGGAAGAUGGCCAAAUAUAGUUCUAGUGAAGGGCUGGCUAAUGUGUCGUUUCUUCUUUUUGUUGCUUCAUGGAUUAUACUUCGCCUCAUAUAUUUCCCUUUUUGGAUCCUCCGAAGUACAAGUUAUGAAGUUGUAUUGACUCUGGACAAGGAGAAGCACAAGUUUGAAGGACCCAUAUAUUAUUAUGUUUUCAAUACACUUCUAUUCUCCCUGCUUGUUCUUCACAUUUACUGGUGGGUUUUAAUCUACCAGAUGCUUGUAAGACAAAUCCAGUCCAGAGGACAUCUUGGGGAUGACGUUCGGUCGGAUUCUGAAGGUGAAGAGGAACAUGAAGAUUAACUUGGGAAGACUGUUAACUCUGUACUCUUUUGUAAACACCGAAUUCACUAAAAUGUUAUGCUUCAUUAUUUUGUUUGUUGCUAUUAUUCUUCAGAGGGCUGGCGAGUGUUGGAAGGAGGAUCAGCCUGUUCUCAUUUUUUCAGAUUAACCUCACAACUAUACUUGUUGGGACUUUGAAAUAAAGGGAGAAGUUCUCUGUUAAUUUAUAUAAUAAAAACUUUGCAGCAA